GCCCUUGGCCAUGAUGCUGUGUCUCACUUUGAGCCCAGAACAGUGGAGUCAGCCAAUCAUGGAUUGAACCUCUGAAACUGUUUGGGAGCCCUCUUGUGCAUCAGACCUCUAUUCUAAUAAUCCUCUGAGUGUCAUCUCAGGACCUCGGUCACACUCAUGGCACGAUGGCCAACCCUCAGGAGCGCCUGAGCUGCUCCUCUUCUCCGCAUUUCCCCUCGAGUGAAAACAAAACCUUCAAUGGACUACAGGAUGAGCGUGCAGCCAUGGGGAACCACCCUCCACCCAGGCUCCUUGAGGACCCCCAGGAAAAGGGGGUCGUGCGAACAGAGCCGAGCGACAGCAUGAACAGCCYGGUCACCACAACAGUGUUGACCAGCGUGAGUGAGGAUUCCAGGGACCAGUUCGAGAACAGUGUUCUUCAGCUAAGGGAACAAGAUGAAUCAGAGAUGGCUGUGUCUCAGGGGAACAGCAACACCGUGGACGGGGAGAGCACGGGUGCAACUGAAGACAUCAAGAUUCAGUUCAGCAGGUCAGGCAGCGGCAGUGGGGGGUUUCUUGAAGGACUGUUCGGCUGCCUAAGGCCUGUGUGGAACAUCAUUGGGAAGGCGUACUCCACCGAUUACAAAUUACAGCAGCAAGAUACUUGGGAAGUGCCAUUUGAGGAGAUCUCAGAACUGCAGUGGCUGGGUAGUGGAGCCCAAGGAGCUGUCUUCUUGGGCAAAUUCCGAGCAGAGGAAGUGGCCAUCAAGAAAGUGAGAGAACAGAAUGAGACGGAUAUCAAGCACUUGAGGAAGUUGAAGCACCCUAACAUCAUCGCAUUCAAGGGUGUUUGUACUCAGGCCCCAUGUUAUUGUAUCAUCAUGGAAUACUGUGCCCAUGGACAACUUUAUGAAGUCUUGAGAGCUGGCAGGAAGAUCACACCUCGAUUACUAGUAGACUGGUCCACAGGAAUUGCAAGUGGAAUGAAUUAUUUACACCUCCAUAAAAUUAUUCAUCGUGAUCUCAAAUCACCUAAUGUUUUAGUGACUCACACAGAUGCAGUAAAAAUUUCAGAUUUUGGUACAUCUAAGGAACUCAGUGAUAAAAGUACCAAGAUGUCUUUUGCUGGCACGGUUGCAUGGAUGGCACCAGAAGUAAUACGGAAUGAACCUGUCUCUGAAAAAGUCGAUAUAUGGUCUUUUGGAGUGGUGCUUUGGGAGCUGCUGACAGGAGAGAUCCCCUACAAAGAUGUAGAUUCAUCAGCCAUUAUUUGGGGUGUUGGAAGCAAUAGCCUACACCUUCCAGUUCCUUCUACUUGCCCUGAUGGAUUCAAAAUCCUUAUGAAACAGACAUGGCAAAGUAAACCUCGCAACAGACCUUCUUUUCGGCAGACACUCAUGCAUUUAGAUAUUGCAUCUGCAGAUGUACUUGCCACCCCACAGGAAACUUACUUCAAGUCUCAGGCUGAAUGGAGAGAAGAAGUUAAAAAACACUUUGAGAAGAUCAAAAGUGAAGGAACUUGUAUACAUCGAUUAGAUGAAGAACUGAUUCGGAGGCGCAGAGAAGAACUCAGGCAUGCUUUGGAUAUUCGUGAACAUUAUGAAAGAAAACUUGAGCGUGCUAAUAAUUUAUACAUGGAACUGAGUGCCAUCAUGCUGCAGCUAGAAAUGCGGGAGAAGGAGCUCAUUAAGCGAGAACAAGCAGUAGAAAAGAAGUAUCCAGGGACCUACAAACGACACCCUGUCCGUCCAAUAAUCCACCCCAAUGCCAUGGAGAAAYUCAUGAAAAGAAAGGGAGUGCCUCACAAAGCUGGGGUGCAGACCAAGCGGCCAGAUCUGUUGAGAUCUGAAGGUAUCCCCAGUACCGAGGUAGCUCCCACUGCAUCCCCUUUGUCUGGAAGUCCCAAAAUGUCCACCUCAAGCAGCAAGAGCCGAUAUCGGAGCAAACCACGCCACCGUCGGGGGAAUAGUAGAGGCAGCCAUAGUGACUUUGCAGGAAUCUUGAAAAACCAACCAGCCCAGGAAAAUUCACCCCAACCCUCUUACCUCCAUCAGGCUCAGUCCCAGAACCCUUCUCUCCAUCACCAUAAUACUCUGCAGCAGCAAUACCAGCAACCCCCUUCUGCCAUGUCUCAGAGUCACCAUUCCAGACUUGGUAUGCACGGACAGGACAUUGCAACCUGCGCCAACAACUUGAGGUAUUUUGGCCCAGCAGCAGCCCUGCGGAGCCCUCUCAGCAACCAUGCUCAAAGACAGAUGCCUGGCUCUAGCCCUGACCUCAUCUCCACAGCCAUGGCAGCAGAUUGCUGGAGAAGUCCUGAGCCCGACAAAGGCCAGGCCGACCCCUGGGGCUGCUGUCAGGCUGACCCUUAUGACCCCUGCCUCCAAUGCAGGCCAGAACAGUGUGGGUCCUUAGAUAUACCCACUACUGAGCCAGUGGGGAGGAGCCCCAACCUUUCCAAGUCACCAGCACACAAUCCCCUCUCAGAAAAUGCCCAAGGUUCUGAGAAAAUGGAAGAAAAUGAAUUCAACAGCUGUGGGUCUGCAUCAUCCCUUGGCACCCCUCAUCACAUCACCCCCCCAGCACUACCUCGAAAAUCAAGGCCCCUUCAGAAGAGUGGAGAUGAUUCCUCGGAAGAAGAAGAAGGGGAAGUAGAUAGUGAAGUUGAAUUUCCACGAAGACAGAGGCCCCAUCGCUGCAUCAGCAGCUGCCAGUCCUAUUCCACCUUUAGCUCUGAGAAUUUCUCUGUGUCUGAUGGAGAGGAGGGAAAUACUAGCGACCACUCAAACAGUCCUGAUGAGUUAGCUGAUAAACUUGAAGACAGCCUGGCAGAGAAGCUGGACGACCUGCUGUCCCAGACUCCGGAGAUCCCCAUUGAGAUAUCCUCCCACUCGGAUGGGCUCUCUGACAAGGAGUGUGCUGUGCGCCGCGUGAAGACGCAGAUGUCUCUGGGCAAGCUGUGUGUGGAGGAGCGUGGCUAUGAGAACCCUCUGCAGUUUGAAGAAUCAGACUGUGACUCUUCAGAUGGGGAGUGUUCUGACGCAACAGUUAGGACCAAUAAACACUACAGCUCUGCUACCUGGUAAUGAAGGAACACCCCUCCAGAAGAGCUCAUGGCGUGCUGAUGUUUCAAAUCCUCCACCCCCUAGACUCCUUCCUUUCUCUUCCUGCUUUUUGUCAGGGAAGAGAACUGCCCCAUCUUUACCACCCCUAGAAAUGAGCUGCAAUAACAGGAACAUGAGACUUCGCAAAUCUCUGGAAAAAAAUAUCCAAAUGAAAUUAAGUCUCACUGAACAUUUCAAUCAAGAAUGGCAGGGAUCUAUUUUAUUGAAUAUUCUAGCUACUGUAACAUUGAUAUUUAUUUUUGUUGGACAUUUUAACACUUUGUACUGUAAAGAGUGAACUAUAUAUGAUAUAGAGAGAGACACAAUAAUUUCUUGCAAAAAAAGAAAAAGAAGAGGACUUUAAGAGCAACAUACUUGGGAAUACUUGGGGCCAGGAGGUAUUAUUGCUGCUUCCACAGGGGACCAGGUCUUUUGGCCAUAAGUGACAGAAGAGCCAGAGCAAGACAUAUUGAGCAUUUUAGAACACAAAGAACAGCAAAAGAAAACGCAAUUCCAGGUAACUUGUGAACAGAUCACAUUAAGUUCAACCAGCUUGUUCAGGUGGGUGAUGGAAAUGACCUAGAGAAGUUCGGUGACCAGAAGUAUUAAAGGCAUGUGCUUCCUCUAGGAGAAGAUAAACAAACAAAACUGAACAUGGAAACUGACUUCAUUUUUCAAACUUUAAGCAGCAUUUGGUAGUGAGGCUUACAGAUUGCAUCACACCUUGUCCCUGGCAAAUACUUCCCUUUUUAAUGCUGUCAUUGUCGUUACCUUGGCAAAUGUAUUACCUUGACCAAUGUGUUGAUCUUUCAGAUUCAAGUGCCAUUUUCCUAUAGCUUUUUUCCUUUCUACUGUUGACCACUUCCUUUAGGAAAAAGGGAGGAGUUGCUGAGGAGACAAGGAUGMGAGAGAAAGACCACCCACAGCAAUGUUAGAAAAGCAAGUGUGGAAUUUGUGAAAGCAUGUUCUCAGGAUGGUCAGUUCAGCUAUAUGGAGAAGAUGGAACCACCCCUCUCUAGAACAGGUGGUUUGUCUGCUAGAAUCAUAUUGAUUCAAAUAGGAGAAUAGAAUUUGAAGGCAGCUAGGAUGUGUGUGUGUAUGUAUGUGUGUGUGUGUGUGUGUGUGUGUGUGAGUGUGUGUGUCUGUCUGUCUGUCCAGCAUCCAAUCCCAAACCAUCCCCUUGUUUUGAUUCAUUAACCCAAUCUGUCCUGGAAGCUUUAGUGACUGGCUGUCAUUGUUAGAAUAAAGGCAAAAUAA